AUGGCUAGUCACGGUAGAGGCUAUGAUGAUGGCUACGGCCAUCCUCAGCAACAACAACCACAGCAGCAGCAGCAUGGCGGUGGCGGUAAUGGCCAGGACGGCUAUUACGAUGACCGUGGUGGACAUGGUGGCUACGACCAGCAUGGCCAAUACCAAGGCGAAUACGACUACCAGAAUGAUAAUUAUUAUGAAGAUGGUCAAUAUUACAAUGCUGGUCAGCAUCCUUAUCAGGAUGGUCAGGACGGUUAUUACGACCAAAACCAAGGUUACGAUCAGGGGUAUUACGGCGAUGGUUAUGACUACGAUCAAACCGGCCAGGGAGGCCAGCCCAAGGGGAAACGACGCGGCGGCUCAGAGGAAGAAUCCGAAACCUUUAGCGAUUUUACAAUGAGAUCCGACAUGGCGAGAGCUGCAGAAAUGGAUUACUACGGACGUGGUGAUGAACGUUACAACAGUUAUCAGGAAGAUGGCCGACGGGCUUACCGACCAGCUUCAUCCCAGGUUUCAUACGGUGGAAACCGUUCUUCUGGUGCUUCCACUCCAAACUAUCCCAUCGACUACAAUGCUCUCCCGCUCGGCCAACGUUCCAAGGAGCCAUAUCCAGCUUGGUCUGCGGAAAACCAAAUUCCCGUGAGCAAGGAGGAAAUCGAAGAUAUCUUUAUGGACCUUACUGCCAAGUUUGGUUUCCAGAGAGAUAGUAUGAGAAACAUGUACGACCACUUUAUGACACUCUUGGAUUCCCGUGCAUCUCGUAUGACUGCCAACCAAGCUCUUUUGACCCUCCACGCCGACUACAUUGGAGGAGAUAACGCCAAUUACCGGAAAUGGUACUUUGCUGCUCAUCUCGACCUUGACGAUGCUGUCGGUUUUGCAAACAUGAAGCUCGGAAAGGCCGACCGCCGAACAAGGAAAGCGCGGAAGGCUGCAGCCAAGAAUAAGAAUCCUGAGGAUGUAGAACAAACUCUCGAAGAACUCGAGGGUGACAACAGCCUCGAAGCCGCCGAGUACAGAUGGAAAACUCGCAUGAACAGAAUGUCCCAACAUGAGCGAGUCCGACAGGUUGCUCUUUUCCUCCUCUGCUGGGGUGAAGCCAACCAGGUCCGAUUUAUGGCUGAAUGUCUCUGCUUUAUCUUCAAAUGUGCGGAUGACUACUACCAGAGCGCAGAAUGUCAGAACAAAACAGAGCCUGUUGAGGAAGGUACCUACCUAAGGGAAAUCGUCACACCUCUUUACCAAUAUUGCCGUGAUCAAGGUUACGAGAUCGUCGAUGGCAAGUACGUCAGGAGAGAGCGCGACCAUAAUAAUAUUAUCGGUUACGAUGACAUGAACCAACUCUUCUGGUAUCCUGAAGGUAUCGAGCGCAUCGUUCUAGAGGAUAAGAGCCGUCUAGUCGACGUUCCCUCGCAUCUUCGAUGGCACAAACUCAAGGAAGUUAACUGGAAGAAAGUCUUUUUCAAGACAUAUAAAGAGAUCCGGUCGUGGUGGCAUUUGGCUGUCAACUUCAAUCGUAUCUGGGUCAUCCACAUCUCCAUGUACUGGUUCUUCACAGCUUACAACUCUGCAACUUUCUUCACCAAGGAUUACGUCUACACCCUGAACAACCAACCGAAUGAGGCUGCUUACUGGUCUGCAGUCGCGCUAGGUGGAACGGUCGCUUGUAUCAUCAUGUUAAUCGCAACUCUCUCGGAAUGGGCCUUCGUACCGCGGCAAUGGGCUGGCGCUCAGCACUUGUCUCGUCGUUUUGCCUUCAUCAUCCUCCUUUUGGUUAUCAACGUCGCACCCUCGGUUUGCAUUUUCUUCAUUCUCGAUCAAUCUACCAAGGUCGCGAAGGUUCUCGGCAUUGUUCAAUUCUUUGUUGCUGUGGCCACCGUCGCUUUCUUCUCUAUCAUGCCUAUCGGAGGUCUCUUCGGAAGCUACAUGAGCAAGAACUCGCGCCGUUAUGUUGCCAGCCAGACAUUCACAGCCAGUUACCCCCGUCUCAAGGGCAAUGACAUGUGGAUGUCUUACGGUCUGUGGGUUCUCGUGUUCUUCGCUAAGUUCAUCGAGUCCUACUAUUUCUUGGCCCUUAACAUCAAGGAUCCCGCUCGUAUCUUGUCUCUCCUCACGGUCAAGCUCUGUUCUGGUGAUGCUCUUUUCGGCGCAUCGGCUGACAUUCUCUGCACAUAUCAACCGCAGAUUUUGCUCGGUUUGAUGUACUUCACCAACAUGAUCCUGUUCUUCCUUGAUACUUACCUUUGGUACAUUAUCUUGAACUGUAUCUUCUCCGUUUUCCGCUCCUUCUAUCUCGGUGUCUCUAUCUGGAGUCCUUGGCGAAACAUCUUCUCCCGUCUGCCGAAGCGUAUCUACUCCAAGAUUCUUGCUACAACAGACAUGGAGAUCAAGUACAAGCCAAAGGUUCUCAUCAGCCAGGUCUGGAACGCAAUUGUCAUAUCGAUGUAUCGUGAGCAUCUCUUGGCCAUAGAUCACGUCCAGAAACUGCUCUAUCAUCAGGUUCCAUCCGAGCAAGAGGGCAAGAGAACAUUACGAGCACCCACCUUUUUCGUCUCUCAGGAAGAUCACUCAUUUAAGACAGAGUUUUUCCCGCGCCAGAGCGAGGCUGAGCGUCGUAUCUCCUUCUUUGCCCAGUCACUUUCGACUCCCAUCCCUGAACCAGUCCCCGUUGAUAACAUGCCAACAUUCACCGUCCUCAUUCCUCAUUACUCCGAAAAGAUUCUUCUCUCCCUCCGUGAGAUCAUUCGCGAAGAUGAUCCGUACUCCCGUGUCACCCUUCUCGAGUAUCUCAAGCAGCUUCACCCCCACGAAUGGGACUGCUUCGUCAAGGAUACCAAGAUUCUCGCUGAUGAAACCUCCCAAAUGGCCAACACCGAUGAUAAGAACGAAAAGGAUACCGUCAGAAGCAAGAUUGAUGACCUCCCCUUCUACUGCAUUGGUUUCAAGUCCGCUGCCCCAGAGUAUACGCUCAGAACACGUAUCUGGGCAUCGCUUCGGUCUCAGACUCUUUACCGUACAAUUUCCGGUUUCAUGAACUACAGCCGUGCGAUCAAGCUUCUUUACCGCGUUGAGAACCCAGAAGUCGUCCAGAUGUUUGGAGGAAACACUGAUAAACUCGAAAAGGAAUUGGAGCGUAUGGCCCGACGCAAGUACAAGAUUUGUGUUUCUAUGCAACGUUAUGCCAAAUUCAAGAAAGAAGAAAUGGAGAAUACCGAAUUCCUACUCCGCGCUUACCCCGACCUUCAAAUCGCCUAUCUUGACGAGGAACCUCCAGAGAACGAGGGCGACGAACCACGAAUCUACUCUGCUCUUAUCGAUGGACACUCUGAACUCAUGGAAAACGGAAUGCGCAGACCCAAAUUCCGCGUACAGCUCUCUGGCAAUCCAAUUCUCGGUGAUGGAAAAUCUGACAACCAAAACCAUGCCAUUAUCUUCUACCGUGGUGAAUACAUCCAGCUUAUCGACGCCAACCAGGACAACUACCUCGAGGAAUGUCUCAAGAUCCGAAGCGUUCUCGCUGAAUUCGAGGAGAUGCACACUGAUAAUGUCUCGCCGUACUCUCCUGGUCGUGUUGCCGAAGAAUUCAAUCCUGUCGCUAUCUUGGGUGCUCGUGAAUAUAUUUUCUCCGAGAACAUCGGUAUCUUGGGUGACGUCGCCGCCGGAAAGGAACAAACAUUCGGUACUCUCUUCGCUAGAACUCUCGCUCAGAUUGGUGGCAAGCUCCAUUACGGACAUCCGGAUUUCUUGAACGGUAUUUUCAUGACGACUCGUGGUGGUGUCUCGAAGGCUCAAAAGGGUCUCCAUCUCAACGAAGAUAUUUACGCCGGUAUGAAUGCUUUGCUUCGUGGUGGACGUAUCAAGCAUUGCGAAUACUACCAGUGCGGUAAAGGUCGUGAUUUGGGUUUUGGUUCGAUUCUUAACUUCACAACCAAGAUCGGAACUGGUAUGGGUGAACAAAUGUUGUCUCGCGAAUACUACUACCUCGGAACUCAGCUACCAUUGGAUCGUUUCUUGUCCUUCUUCUACGCACAUCCAGGUUUCCACAUCAACAACUUGUUCAUUAUCCUCUCGGUGCAGCUCUUCAUGUUGGUUUUGAUCAACCUCGGCGCACUUGUUCACGAAGUCACACUCUGCGAAUUCAGGAGAGGUGCCCCUAUCACCGAUCCUCGUCGACCCGUCGGCUGCUACGAACUUAUCCCUGUCAUCCAUUGGGUCCAACGUUGUAUCGUCUCUAUCAUGAUCGUUUUUGCCAUUGCCUUCUUGCCGCUUGUGGUUCAGGAACUUGCGGAACGUGGAUUUUGGAGAGCGACCACUCGUCUUGCGAAGCACUUUGGAUCUUUCUCUCCAUUUUUCGAAGUUUUCGUCUGUCAAAUCUAUGCCAACUCCAUUCUCAACAAUUUGGCAUUUGGUGGCGCUCGAUACAUCGGUACCGGUCGUGGUUUCGCUACUGCCCGUAUUCCAUUCGGUGUUCUCUAUUCCCGUUUCGCCGGGCCUUCGAUAUACCUUGGUGCUCGUUCCUUGAUGAUGUUGCUCUUUGCCACUGUCACGAUCUGGAUGCCACACUUGAUCUAUUUCUGGGCUUCAUUGCUCGCCUUGUGUAUCUGCCCAUACCUCUUCAACCCGCACCAGUUCGCAUGGAAUGACUUCUUCAUUGAUUACCGUGAUUUCUUGAGAUGGCUGUCCCGCGGAAACACCCGUGCCAACCAUUCUUCCUGGAUUGCUUUCUGCCGUCUAUCCCGUACCAGAAUCACCGGUUACAAGCGAAAGAAUCUCGGUGACCCAUCCGAAAAGCUCUCUGGCGACGUUCCAAGGGCGAAGAUCACCAACAUCGUCUGGAACGAGGUUAUCGGUCCAUUGGGUCUUGUUGUCAUCACUUUGAUUCCAUAUCUGUUUAUCAACGCCCAGACUGGUGUCACCAAGGCCACUGGAAAAAACCCGACUGCAACUACAACUGUUCCUUCAAGUUCUCUCAUCCGUAUUGCCAUCAUCGCGGUUGGCCCCAUCGUUGUCAAUCUUGGAGUUUGCGCUGUAUUCUUCGCCAUGGCUUGUUGUAUGGGUCCCAUCUUUACAAUGUGCUGCAAGAAAUUCGGUGCUGUUCUCGCCGGUAUUGCUCACGGAAUCGCCACUGUCAUGUUGAUCGUCUUCUUUGAGGUUCUUUGGUUCCUCGAAGGCUUCAGCUUCGCCCGUGCUAUGCUCGGAUUGGUUGCCGUUACUGCCAUCCAGAGAUUUAUCUACAAGUUGCUCAUCACCUUCACACUUACUCGAGAGUUCAAAACCGAUGCUAGUAACAUCGCUUUCUGGUCUGGUAAAUGGUACGGACUUGGUCUCCAUGCUAUGUCCCAGCCGGCUCGUGAGCUUCUCUGUAAGACUACGGAGAUGGGCUUCUUCGCCACCGACUGCAUUCUGGGCCACUUCAUCCUCUUCCUUCAGUUCCCAAUUCUCAUCAUUCCAUUCGCCGACCGCUUCCACAGUGUCAUGCUCUUCUGGCUUAGACCAUCGAAGCAAAUCCGACCACCAAUCUACUCCUCCAAGGUAUCCAAGCUCAGGAAGAGAAGAGUCAUCCGCUUUUCCAUCCUCUACUUCGUUCUUCUCGUUCUCUUUGUUGCCUUGAUUGUCGGUCCAGUUGUUGGUCAACGAUAUCUUGGAGACAUCAAGCUCGAGAUCAGCGCCUUCCCUGGUCUUCUCCAGCCAACUAAGUACAACAACACUGAUAUCUCUGGAUGGUCGACGGACGAGUUCCCCAAGACCACCGCAUCAGCUAAAUAA